AUGAAGAGAAAAAUAUACAAGAAAGAAUAUGAGGUUGAAUCUAUUGUAGAUAAGAGAUAUGAUGAACAUACUAAAUCCUAUCUGUAUUAAAUUAAAUGGAAGGGCUAUCCACAUUCAUAAAACACAUGGGAACCUAUAGAACAUUUAUAAAAUCCGCAUGUGAAAAAAAUGGUGAAAGAAUUUGAUUAAGCACAGGAGACACCUUCAUCUAAAAAAUAAAUUAAUUUAGAACUCCUUAAACAAUGUUUACUAAAGAAACUAACAGAGUUUUUAAUGAAAAAUGUUCCUUAAGAAAAUGAUAUUCAGGAAAUUAUUUUAAGUGAUUUCAGCAUAUCAUCAAAUGAAAAGAGAUCAAAUUUAAAAAUUCCUAAAUUAAGAUAGGAUACUAAAAAGUCUACUAAGAAACCUAAUUAAUAGUUCUAAAAUACUCUAAAUUCUCUAAAUUCAAAUUCUUGA